CACGAGGGCAGAGAGUUGUGGGUGGGUGUGGUGACGACCAGAUACUACACCAGAUUCUUGACCAGCUCUGUGACCUUGAGCGACUCCUGUUUCUAGAUUGUUGAAAUUCUCUGGAGGACUGUCCUCUAGAUGAAGAUGAGGAUGCAUUUCAGGGUCUAGGAGAAGAAGAUGAGGAGAUUGAUCAAUUCAAUGAUGACACGUUUGGGUCAGGUGCCAUUGAUGAUGACUGGCAGGAAGCUCAUGAGCGCCUGGCUGAGCUGGAAGAGAAACUACCAGUGGCAGUUAAUGAACAGACAGGCAAUGGAGAGAGGGAUGAGAUGGACUUGUUGGGUGAUCAUGAGGAGAAUCUGGCAGAAAGGCUCAGCAAGAUGGUUAUUGAAAAUGAACUAGAAGAUCCAGCUAUCAUGAGGGCAGUGCAGACCAGGCCGGUUUUACAACCUCAACCAGGAAGUUUGAAUUCCAGUAUCUGGGAUGGAUCUGAAGUCUUGAGACGAAUCCGUGGACCACUACUUGGUCAGGAAAUGCCUACAGUGUCUGUAUUAGAAUAUGCUUUGCCUCAGAGGCCCCCACAGGGCCCAGAAGAUGAUCGUGACCUUUCUGAGCGUGCGUUACCAAGACGGUCAACCUCACCUAUCAUUGGGAGUCCUCCUGUUAGAGCUGUUCCCAUAGGCACCCCACCUAAGCAGAUGGCUGUACCCAGCUUCAACCAGCAGAUUCUGUGUCCGAAGCCUGUCCAUGUUCGACCCCCAAUGCCACCACGUUACCCUGCUCCUUACGGUGAGAGGAUGUCUCCAAACCAGCUCUGCAGUGUCCCGAACUCUUCCCUCCUGGGUCACCCAUUUCCUCCUGGUGUUUCUCCGGUUCUCAGCCCCCUCCAGAGAGCACAGCUUCUUGGAGGAGCACCGCUACAGCCUGGACGGAUGUCUCCCAGCCAGUUUGCACGGGUCCCUGGAUUUGUUGGUAGUCCACUGGCUGCCAUGAAUCCCAAGUUGCUGCAAGGGCGAGUUGGGCAGAUGCUUCCCCCAGCACCAGGCUUCCGUGCCUUCUUUAGUGCUCCACCUCCCAGUACACCACCUCCUCAGCAGCACCCUCCUGGCCCAGGACCUCACCUGCAAAACUUAAGAUCUCAGGCCCCAAUGUUUAGAGCAGACACAACUCACCUUCACCCUCAGCACCGGCGACUAUUGCAUCUGAGACAGCAGCAGAAUAGGAAUCAGCAUAGGAAUCUAAAUGGUACUGGAGAUAGAGGAAGUCACCGGAGCACUCACCAAGAUCACCUCCGAAAGGAUCCCUAUUCCAAUCUCAUGCUGCAGCGGGAAAAGGACUGGGUCUCUAAAAUCCAGAUGAUGCAGCUGCAAAGCACUGACCCCUACCUGGAUGACUUUUAUUACCAGAAUUAUUUUGAAAAACUGGAGAAACUGUCAGCUGCUGAAGAAAUACAAGGUGAUGCCCCUAAGAAGGAGCGCACCAAGCUCAUCACCCCUCAGGUGGCCAAACUGGAGCAUGCCUAUAAGCCUGUACAGUUUGAGGGCUCUUUGGGAAAGCUUACUGUCUCUAGUGUGAAUAAUCCUCGAAAAAUGAUUGAUGCUGUUGUGACAUCUCGGAGUGAAGAUGACGAAACAAGAGAAAAACAAGUUCGGGACAAGAGAAGAAAAACACUUGUCAUAAUUGAAAAAACCUAUAGUUUACUCCUUGAUGUGGAGGAUUAUGAAAGACGCUAUCUCCUAAGUUUAGAUGAAGAGCGGCCUGCCCUGAUAGAUGAAAGAAAGCACAAAAUCUGUAGCAUGUAUGAUAACCUGAGGGGGAAAUUGCCUGGACAAGAGAGACCAACUGACGACCACUUCAUACAGAUCAUGUGUAUCCGAAAAGGGAAGAGAAUGGUUGCCCGUAUUCUCCCCUUCCUCUCUACUGAGCAGGCCGCCGACAUUCUCAUGACAACUGCCAGGAACCUGCCUUUCCUUAUCAAGAAGGAUGCACAGGACGAGGUGCUGCCGUGCUUGCUGAGCCCCUUCUCUCUCCUCCUCUAUCAUCUUCCGUCAGUGACUGUCACCAGCCUUUUGCAACAGCUAAUGAACCUACCUCAAAGUGCAGCUGCACCAGCACCCUCCAACCCUCACCUCACUGCUGUGCUCCAGAACAAGUUUGGCUUAUCAUUGCUCCUCAUCCUCCUGAGCCGUGGGGAAGACUUACAGAGUUCAGACCCUGCUACAGAAUCUACACAGAAUAACCAAUGGGCAGAGGUGAUGUUCAUGGCAACCCGAGAACUUCUACGGAUUCCCCAAGCAGCCCUGGCUAAGCCAAUCACUAUACCCACAAACUUAGUGUCCCUUUUUUCUCGCUAUGUUGACCAGCAAAAACUGAACCUGUUGGAGACAAAACUGCAGCUAGUUCAGGAGAUUCGAUAAAAGAUCUCUGAUGCAUCCUGUACCUCCUUUUGGCUGCCACCUGCACUGCUGCCAUCACUAACGGAGUGUUUUUAAUGUGGGAGGGAAGGUAGCUCAUUUCCCAAAGCAGAGUCCUGUGGGAUCGAUUCCUGAUUACAGGGGUUGUCUCUAAACGCCAGGUAUUCCCUACUACUCUGUGGAGUUUGGCUGGUUAAUAUUUCUGCUGGUUUCUUCUUUACCUCCUGUGUUAACACUUCUGCAUGUCCUUCUACUCAGUUCAUAUCUUUGCAUUCUCUUUUGUCCUACAAACACAAAUAUAUCUCCCUUUAUACCACCACCAUUACAAUUCAGAGUAGGUUGUAGCCUGCCAAAGGAUUCCCUCCCUCGUCCUAUUGAAGUCUUUCUUCAUUGUCCCAUAUUAAUAUGACAUAGAAGAGCCAAAAUUAAGUAGAAAUCAACAUACAGAUGAAUAUACACACAUACCCUUAUGCAUACACUUAUUUUGUCUUUAGAAGGUCCUUAAAGAAUGAGUUUUAAAUUGGAAAAUACUUAGAUAACACAUAUCUCCCGUCCUCUAAACAUAAACCAGCUGACUCUUUUUUUUUGUUUUUCAAGGUAGGGUUUCACUCUGGUUAGGCUGACCUGGAAUUUACUAUGUAGUCUCAGGGUGGUCUCAAACUCAAGGCGAUCCUCCUACCUCUGCCUCCAGCUGACAUACUUUUAAUCUGUUCUUAUUCCAUCUUGUAAUUAAUUUGAUGCAUUCUACUUUUUAAAUAUAGAUAUAUACAGGGUAUACAACACAUUCACUAAAAUCAGAAUUCUUAAUGGGCUAAUGCCCAACUCUAGGCUUAGAAGUCCCUUUUUCUCCUCCCCACCUGUUUUUCCUUUGUUCCUUUCACCUUUAAGGAAACAGCGCAUGGUUAGGCCUUCUUUCUGCUAUAAGUACAGCAUACUUGAGCCUGUGCCCUCAAGUGUAUUUCAGAAAUUCUUGAGGUGACUCACAGCCUGCUUCUGCACUGCAGCUCUGCACAGUGUGCCAUCUUCCUGACCUGACUUCACUAAGCCAUGCUUGUGCUUCUCUCUCCCCAUUCUCACUUAGUGUCCUGGGUAGAAACCUCCAAAUGUAGCCAUGGAAGCUAAGCUUGGGCUGUCUACUCUCAGCUCCCUUUCCCCACAGGCAGAAUUGCUGUCUGGCUGCUCAGACUCCCCCAGCCCCAUUCACAGGCAGCCAGGGGCCUGGGUUUGAGUCUCAGCAAAGACAGUCUGCCAGGGUGUUUUGCUUACCCUUCUUCCCUUCAGCAGUCAACCAGGAUAAGGGGGAUGUAAUCCCUAGUGAUGAUGAGCUUCAGAAAAUCAAAUUUGAAUCAAUUUUAUAUUACCGUCCUGACCCUACUUUCUGCUGUUCUCACCUUUUUGAAUGUAGUCGGGGGGACAGGCUUGAUAUUUAAAGAGAAUAAAAUUUUGCACAUACAUGUAUUGUACAACAGUGAAAUUCUCCGUUAUAACCAGCUGUCUUUGUUUUCAUCUCCAUUUCUUCCCAGUCCAUAUCCUUGAGGUCCACCAGCUGCUCCCCAGUGACAGUCCCUAGCUUCCCCCUAACCUACAUCACCCACUGACUGCCUCCCUGCCCACCUUCCCUUCACACCUGAGAAGUAAAUACUUGAUGGUCAUUUCUUCCUUACCGUGCUUUAUUAUUUUUUGUUUGGUUCUAAUUAAUAAAAAUAAAAGUUUCUAAAUUUACAUUUUUAUAGGGUAUUGUAAAUAAAAACAAAUUGUAUACUUGAAAAA